AUGUUUUGCCCAGUCGUUUUUCUCUCGGUUCUCGCCGCUACCGGCUCAGCGGGCUUCUUGUCGAGACCCAAACGCCAACUAUUCUUCCCAACACUGCCCAGCUUGCCAGGUCUCGAUGAUCUGACCCCAUGCAAUUCAUUCGUCCGAUGCGGCGGAAAAGGACUCUGUCUAGGAACUGCCAAAUCGUCGACAUGCGCCUGUUUCUUGGGAUGGACAGGAGACCAGUGUCAAUCUUCAACUCUGAAUUUCCUUGAUCCCUUCAAUCUCUUCGGUUCCUCCAACACCGCAACAGGCUCCUCAGUCUCCAAUAAUCUAUUCGCAAAUGAUGCCAUGCAACCGUGUACCGCCGAAGAUUGUAGCGGCAACGGCGUCUGCGUGGGCUCGAAAUCAGCGCCACUUUGCCUCUGCAAUUUGGGUAAAACCGGCUUCAAAUGUGAAUCGGAAAUUGCUGGACUAGUGAACGUUGAUCCAAGCGCUCCCAUCUCGUUCUGCUCUCCCAGCGAUUGCAAUAAUAAAGGAUUAUGCAUUGGCACGAAAAAUAGUUUCAUGUGCGCUUGUCAGAUCGGCUACACAGGGUCUCGAUGUGAAAACACUCCUGUUGCUUUGUGUGACAGCCGUGACUGCAGCUCAAACGGCUUGUGCAUUGGCACGAAGAACAGUCACACCUGUGCCUGCUAUCUGGGCUACUCUGGAGAGAAAUGCGAAAAAAUAACUGGCACGAUGUGCGAAGCUUCUGACUGCAAUUCUAACGGAAUCUGCAUCGGAACAAAAACUACAAAAACAUGCCUAUGCGCGCCAGGUUAUUAUGGAAGCAGGUGCGAGUCGCGAUUCACUCUCCUCCCAGGAACAGAAGGCAUGUUCUGCGAAUCCAAAGACUGCAACGGCAACGGAAUUUGCAUCGGCAACAAACUUCUCCCAAUGUGCAUCUGUGCUCCAGGAUUCACAGGGCUCCGAUGCGAACUUGAGCCAAUUUGCACUGGAGCCUUGCAGUGCUCUGGCAAUGGAAUAUGCAUCGGAACGCUGAAAUCCUUCAGCUGCGUUUGCAAUCUCGGAUGGACAGGGGUCACCUGUGCUCAAAGCACACUUCUAAAAUAG